GCUUACCCCUUGCUAGAGCCUAUUUAUUAGUGCUCACUAUGUGUGUAGGAGCUUGAGGAAUCUAGAGUUUCCUGUGGUGAAGAAAGUUUUGCAAGAAAAUGCAUAUUUUAAGGAUUUUGUAGAAAGGGAUUUCCUUUCCACUUUGCAAAGGCAAGUUUUGAGGGAGGCGCGACAGUCCAAAGCAAAAUGGGUCCAUUACAGUUACAUUUACACCUACCCCAUUCCCAUUACCAUACUCACCUUCCUUCCUUCCUUCCUCCCUUCAACCUUCCCAUGUGUCUUUAUUAAUCCUUCCAAACUUUUAUAGCUUUCACUUUUUAUCAAGAUAUUCAACUUUUUGUAGCGAUACUGAAGACGCUUUAGAUCGAAGGUGUGUCAAGUUUCUCCAUGCAUCGAUGUCUAACACUAAUAAGUGUGUUAGUAUCAAUAUUUUGUCUAAUGUUUGUGUCUGUUUCAAUACGUCAUAUAUCUAGCUUUUUGUGGACCACCACAUUACACUCAGUCAUAUUAACACCCAUUCCCUACAUCUAAUACCAUUCUUCACUUCUCUAUCUUCCCUUCUCUUUCCUAUAUCCUCCCUUGAACUUCAUUACAAACAGCCAACAAGGCUAUGGGAAUUAAUUUAAUAUCUGCCAUGGGAGUUUGUUUGGGCAACCAAAUCAAAGUUGAAAACCCAUUUAAUUCUGGGUUAAGUUCAAAGAGUGUGAAUGGCAAUACAGAAGAUCUGAGUAUUCCAUGUUGUAAGGUUUCUGAUGAUCACAGUAGCUCAAUUGGUGAGGUAUCAGCGACGUCGGUAUCAGUGACUCAAACUCCCCGGAGCGUGGGGGAGAUCUUGCAAUCAUCAAAUUUGAAGAGCUUUACAUCGACUGAACUUCAGGCUGCCACUAGAAAUUUUCGUGUAGACAGUGUGUUAGGAGAUAGUGGUUUUGGAUCAGUUUUUAAGGGUUGGAUUGAUGAACACACACCUUCUGCUGCCAAACCAGGUGAAGGCAUUGUUGUUGCUGUCAAAAGAGUUUAUCAGGAUGGCUUCAAAUGUCACAAGGAGUUGCUGGCUGAAGUCAACUAUCUAGGCCAGCUUUCUCACCCUCAUCUAGUGAAAUUGAUUGGAUAUUGUAUUGAAGAUGAAAACCGUUUUCUGGUCUCUGAGUUUAUGCCACGUGGCAGCUUGGAGAAUCACUUGUUCAUGAGAGGCUCAUACUUUCAACCUCUUUCUUGGAGCCUACGUUUGAAAGUUGCUCUUGGUGCUGCCAAAGGCCUUGCAUUUCUUCAUAGGGCUGAAACAAAAGCGAUAUACCAAGAUUUCAAGACUUCAAAUGUCUUGCUAGAUUCAGAUUAUAAUGCAAAACUUUCUCAUAUUGGGCUGCCAAAGAAAAGGCCUAUGGGUGAUAAAAAUCGUACCUCUACCAAGCUAACCUAUGAAUAUGCAGCUCCAGAAUACCUAGCCAAUGGUAAUCACACUACUAAGAGUGAUGUCUAUAGUUUUGGAGUUGUUCUACUGGAAAUAUUAUCAGGAAGGAGAGUUAUUGACAAGAAUAGACCACACAAACAACACAAUUUGGUGGAAUGGGCUAGGCCUUAUCUAUCCAACAAGCGUAAGGUUUUGCGCGUGUUGGAUAAUCGCCUUGAAGGCCAAUAUGAAUUAGAUGAUGCCUACAAGGUUGCCACACUCUCCGUAAGGUGCAUUUCAAUAGAAGCAAAGUUGAGACCAAACAUGGAUGAGGUUGUUACAAAUUUGGAGCAGCUUCAAGUUCCUCAUGUAAAUGGAUGCAAUCAAAAUCGUUCACGUAGAAGAAGUGCCGGUGAUGUUACAAGUGUUGGAACAGCUACAACUUCUCUCCAACGCUCUGUUUCUCUGCUUUGUACAUGACAGACAUUGCACUAUGCAAAUACAUCCUUGUAAGUUAACAAUGGUGAAUGUCCCUACCUGUGGUAAUCAUAUACCAUGAGCACGUGUUACCCAACAAUUUUGUACAUAUAGUUUGAUCUUUUUAGUGUUUGUAACAGCUAAUAACUGGCAUUACUAGUGCUUUUGUAUACUUCUCUGGUCAGCUCAAUUUUUAUUGUAAUCUAUUUAAUAUUUUGGUUGUUUGUAAUAACUUAUAAAAUGAAAAGUUGCACAUGGAAAACACAAUUUGUUUGCAUUUAAAA